UUUGGAAGAGGAAAAAUAGGCAGAGAUUUAGAGAGAGAGAGAGAGAGAGUGAGAGAGAGAAAACAGAAAGAUAGAAUUUUUAUCUCUUGGUAUAAUCCGUUUGAAACAAAAACAAAAAUCUUUGGGUGAGCGGAGAGGCAACUGUUUUUUUUUUUUUUUUCAAUCCAGCGUCCUCCUCUCUCUCUGUCUUUCUCAUCACCUGCCUUUCCAACCUCCAUAUUUCAUUCACAUGCGAGUAUUGUAUAUAGAAUCACCAUCCUUUUUUGUGAAUAUUUUUGUGGGUGCGGUUUGGUAUAUGCAAUGGAUGCUGAGGAAGAUAAAGUGGGGUUGUGAUUAGAAAAGUUCUGUUGUGGUUUGGAGCAUAAACAUCCUUAUCUGGGUUCUGGUUUUUUCUUCUUCCUGGUGACAGUAUGGACUCGGAUGCUAAGCGCAAGAGGCUCUACAAAGUUUGGAAGGGAAAUAAUAAAUUUUUGUGCGGUGGGAGAUUGAUCUUUGGUCCUGAUGUCGCAUCCCUGUUGCUAUCCACACUCCUUAUUGGUGGGCCCGCAAUUUCUUUCUGUAUAAAUAUAUAUCUUAAGAUCAAAGAUGUGAACAACAAGGACGAUCAUCUUUGGUGUCCUGUAUUGUUUGUUGGAUUAAUCCUCACUUUUUUGAAUUUAAUUCUUCUCUUAUUGACAUCUAGUAGAGAUCCUGGAAUAGUCCCUAGAAAUGCAAAGCCUCCGGAAUCGGAUGAAGCAUUUGAUGCAUCUACACCAUCUAUGGAGUGGGUUAAUGGUAGAACUCCUCACAUGAAACUACCCCGGACAAAGGAUGUGAUUGUGAAUGGACAUGCUGUUAAAGUGAAAUACUGUGACACGUGUUUGCUCUAUCGCCCACCUCGCACUUCUCAUUGUUCCAUCUGCAAUAAUUGUGUCCAGAGAUUUGAUCAUCAUUGUCCAUGGGUCGGUCAGUGCAUUGGAUUGUGUAACUACCGAUUCUUCAUCAUGUUCAUUACAACAUCAACCAUCUUGUGCAUUUAUGUCUUUGUGUUUUCCUUGAUCAACAUUAUUAAAAAGGAAGGCAGUGUUUGGAAGGUUAUGAAAGAAGAUAUCCUAUCAGAUAUUCUCAUGGCGUACUGCUUCGUAGCUGUGUGGUUUGUUGGUGGUCUUACGGUUUUCCAUUUCUAUCUGAUUUGCACAAACCAGACUACUUAUGAGAACUUCCGUUACCGAUACGAUAAGAAGGAGAACCCAUAUAACGAGGGAAUGAAGAAGAACCUCAGAGAAAUGUUUUUCUCUAAGAUCCCCAAUUCAAUAUCUAGAUUCCGAUCAUUUGUGGAGGAGGAACAUAUGAUGGUGGCAUCAGUGAGUCUGAAUCGUGGGGAAGCUAUUAUUAGCCCAGAAGAGAAAAUUGACAUUGAAAUGGGAACUAGGCGUGCAGAGAGUGGAGUCUCACUUCCAGAAAUUUUGAGAAAUUUGGACUAUGAUGACUUGGAGGAUGAUGAGAAGACUGCAGAGGGAGAAGAAGGAAGAUCUGUUUUUGACCCACCUUUGCAUGUUGAGCAAGAAUUGAAUCAAUCUGUUCAGAGCUCCACUGGUGGAGAUGGAGUGACAAAACUUAUUCAAAGCUCAUCAAUUGGAGAUGGAGUGAGAAUGUCUAUUCAGAAAUCAUCUUUUGUUGAGGGAGCUGGAGAAUCUGAUCAAAGAUACAUGGCUGUCAAUGUAACUAAAACAGAUAGGUAAGUGAUUUUGGAAAUAACUUACACCAAACCACAACAGCACCAGUUUUUCAAGCAUAAAGAUCCCCCUCCACCCUCCAUUCCGAAUCUUCCAUCUUUUUUGUUUUCACCCAAGCUUCUGUUUUUGGACCACUAAAACUAGUUUAAUGAAUCAAUAGAUUAAGAAGUGUACAUUUGAUCUCAAGAAGAAAGGAUGUGAUAAUGUAACGUCUAUUGAAUUAAAUCUUAACUAAUGUUAGCGUUGA